GCAGCAGGACGAGGUGAAGAGCAAUGACCUGGGCGUCACUAGCAUCACCACCACCUCUUGCAUCACUAACCACAAUGAAAGUAUUUUCCCAGCAGUAGCAGCAAAAGCAGCAGCCACUGCCUCGUGUAUCUCCCAGUGUGGCAUCAGCAGGAGCUUGCACCAUGGGGCUCUCCUGCACGUGCCUCCUUCUCUUGAUGUUGCUUGGUUUGUGGUGGCCAGGUUUGGCGUGGCAUCGGGUGGAAGCAGCUCAGGUCCGAGAGCACUACAUAGCCGCAGAGACUACCAGCUGGAGCUACAGACCCCAGUCCAAAGAACAGUCCAGAUUAGAAAAUUCAGAGCCUGUGUUUAAGAAAAUUGCCUAUAGAGAGUAUGAAGCAGAUUUUCAGAAAGCAAAACCAAGAGAUACUUUCUCAGGACUUCUGGGACCAACUCUGCGUGCUGAAGUGGGAGACACUUUAGUUGUUCACUUUAAGAACAUGGCCAACAAACCGCUGAGCAUUCACCCACAAGGCAUAGCUUACAACAAACUGUCAGAAGGUUCCCUGUAUGCUGACAGAACAUCUUCUUUUGAAAAACUGGAUGAUGCUGUGCCUCCAGGCCUGGUGUAUAAAUACACGUGGGAGAUCACAGCAGAAAUUGGGCCUAAAGAAGCCGACCCUCCCUGUCUCACCUAUAUCUAUUACUCACAUGAGAACAUGGUGAUGGACUUUAACUCCGGUCUGAUUGGAGCAUUGCUUAUAUGUAAAAAAGGAAGCCUGAAGGAAGAUGGGACACAGAAGCUGUUGGACAGAGAAUAUGUGUUGAUGUUUGCUGUGUUCGAUGAAAGCAAAAGCUGGCAAAAAUCAACCUCUCUCCUGUACACGAUUAAUGGUUACGCUAAUGGGACGUUGCCAGACCUCGGAGCUUGCACAUAUGAUAACAUUAGCUGGCAUUUGAUAGGAAUGAGCUCCAAACCAGAGAUAUUCUCCAUCCAUUUCAAUGGGCAAGUCCUGGAACAAAAUCGUCGCAAGGUCUCGACCGUCAGCCUUGUGGGAGGUGCAUCGACCACAGCAAACAUGACUGUGAGCCAGAAAGGAAGGUGGCUGAUAUCUUCUCUUGUCCAGAAUCAUCUGCAAGCUGGAAUGCACGGUUACCUCAACAUAAAAGAACAUGUGGGGAAAGACGUGCUCAAGAAGAAAUUAUCCUUUAAGGAAUUGCGUAUGAUUAAGGACUGGGAAUAUUUCAUUGCUGCAGAAGAAAUCACCUGGGAUUAUGCUCCAGAAAUUCCAGAGACCAUUGAUAGGCAAUAUAAAUCUCAGUACUUGGACAACUCCUCAAAUCUCAUUGGGAAGAAGUAUAAAAAGGUCGUUUUCAGGCAGUAUACAGAUGCCAACUUCAAUAAGCGUCUGGAGACGCCCCGGCCCAAGGAAAUGGGAAUUCUGGGCCCUGUUAUCAGAGCUCAGGUUAGAGACAUAAUCAAGAUUGUGUUCAAAAAUAUGGCCAGUCGACCCUACAGCAUUUACCUCCAUGGUGUGACGCUUUCAAAGGAUGCAGAAGGAGCCACUGACCCGCUGGAUUUCACAGAGAACAGCACUCUGAGUAAAGCAGUUCAACCAGGGGAAACCUACACGUAUCAGUGGAGCGUCAUGGACACCGAUCAGCCCACCGCACAGGAUGCCCAGUGUCUAACGAGAUUAUAUCACAGUGCUGUAGAUGUAACCAGGGAUAUAGCCUCUGGACUGAUUGGCCCACUUCUGAUUUGUAAAAGUGAAACACUGGACAAGAGGGGUGUGCAGAACAAGGCGGAUGCAGAGCAGCAGGCCGUGUUUGCCGUGUUUGAUGAAAACAAGAGUUGGUACUUAGAGGAUAACAUCAAGCAGUACUGCAGCAACCCCUCCAGCGUUAAAAGGGAUGAUCCCAAGUUCUACAAGUCUAACGUAAUGCACACAAUAAAUGGCUACGUGUCUGACAGCACUGAAAUCCUGGAAUUUUCCCAUGACAGAAUUGUGCAGUGGCACGUCUCCAGUAUUGGCACCCAGGAUGAGGUAGUGUCCAUAUACCUUUCUGGUCACACUUUUUUGACUCGAGGGAAGUAUGAAGAUGUACUGAAUCUUUUUCCCAUGAGUGGAGAAUCGGUCACUGUAGAAAUGGACAACGCUGGUACGUGGCUUUUUGCAUCCUGGGGUUCCCCUGAGAUGAGCCAUGGCAUGAGGCUGAGGUUUAGAGAUGCCAAGCGUGAAAAAGAUGUAGAUUAUUCUGAUGAUGAUGACCAAUAUGAAAUCAUAGAUUUCUCCUCUGAGAACACUCUUCAAAAUGUGCCUGUCACCUCACCCCAAACUGGAGGAGAAACAGAAAAAAACCAGCAAUCUUCUGAUGAUUUUGAUUAUCAAGAUUAUCUGGCCUCAAGUUUGGGGCUUCGGACAUUUGGAAAGAAAUCAAUGGUCCAGGAAGAAAUGCAGAAUCUUACUGCUCUGGCCAUAGAUGAGUACUUUGGCACCAUCACUAAGAGUGCUGAUGUGGCUGCUGGCUCAGAUCUGCCAUUCAUGGAGAACAGUGAUACCUUGGACACUGAUGAGCUCUUGGAAAUGCAAAGCACUGCUCCUCUCCCAACCGAGGCUGGGUGCCUCCAUAAAAAUUGCACAGUGGCAGAAGAAGAACAUUCACUUCCAGUCACCACAACAGCAGUAAGUCCUGACUUGGCAUCUGAAGCUGGAAACCAAAGUGACUAUGAAGCAAAUCAGAGUCAGGUGUCAGGAAAUUACGAGAAAACACUUGAAGGUGAACUACUGAGGACCAGGGAAGAAGCCCAAACAAAAGAUGCAGCAGAACUGUUACCUGACAGAGGGGACAGCAUGAAGUCCUCCUUUGCAACACUCUAUUCAGAGGAGCCGCAAGAGGAAAAUUCAGGAGGAGAAUACAAUUUCUCUAGUUCAGAUAUGUUAGGGACUGACCAAUUUCCAAAUGAAUAUGUUGAGGACCAGAACGUGGAGGAGAAAGAGGAGGAGGAUACCAAGAAAGUAAAUGCUCAAUUUCCCAAACAUGCAGAAAACUUACCUUUUGCUGUGGGACACAGGGCAGAAAACAGUGAGUUAAACAAGUUCAAGCUCUCUAAUUUAGAACUACCCAAAGAUAAACAGGAAAGAAAUUUUACUCUAGAUUAUGCAGCGGAUAUCUUAAUUUCUACUAGCAGUCCAGUGGUGGCAAAGGACAUGCUGGGAAAGCUGUCGCCAAGGGAUAUCAAGUCUUCAUCUAAAAUUAUGAAUGAGAACAGGAAUUUGGCCUCUGGGAAGGAGAGUUAUGGGAUGGAGACAAAUGCAGCUCAGGCUACUGAUGAGUUACAGAAUCGUUCCAGAAAUGCUACAAUGCCUUCAAGAGAGAGUGUAUCCCUAAAGAAGAAGCAGCAAGGAAAAUUCAAAGGCUACUCACAGUUUACAGAGGGUCAUUGGAAAGUAAGCAGCAAGCAUCCAACUCUGAAAGGAGAGAAGAGAAAUGUGAAUGGCACCUUGAGUACAUCUGUGAUUCUCAUCAAGACCCGAAGGAGGAAAAAGGAUAAUCAAAAGUAUAGUAGUCUCUCAUUGACACCCAGAGGUGUGAGACCCCCAAAGAUACCGGGAGGGCAAAACUGCACAUUAUUGUCCAGUGAGGCCAGCCACACAGUUUCCCUUUGUAAGGCUAAAAAUACAGCAUUGCCCAGCGAGGCCAACCUCCCAGUUUUGCCAAGCAGGUCUAACUACACGCUGACGCCAAGACAAUUUAAGCCAGUCAUCACAAGGCUUCCCAGUGGGAAUGGGGACUACAAGGAGUAUGUUCCAGGAGGCUCUGACAGUGAGGAAAUCGCAGAUGACCAAUACACAAGAGACGCCAGAUUCACCAUUAACAAUGUCCAUAACCCUGAUGACAUUGCUGGGCAUUAUCUACGCAGCAGAGGGAACAUGAAGAGAUACUACAUCGCAGCCGAAGAGGUCUUCUGGGACUAUGCAGGAUUAAAGAAAAGCACAAUGAGGAAUGACAGAACCAGCCAUGAUGGGGGCAACACCAUAUACAAAAAAGUGAUUUUCCGAAGCUAUGUGGAUAGUACCUUUACAACUCGGGAGCCUGAAGGGGAGUAUGAAGAACACCUGGGUAUCCUAGGUCCUGUUAUCAGGGCUGAGGUAGAUGAUGUCAUCCAAGUUCAUUUUAAAAAUCUGGCAUCCAGACCAUAUUCCCUCCAUUCCCAUGGGCUUUUCUAUGAGAAAUCCUCUGAGGGAAGCAGUUAUGAAGAUGAGUCUCCAGACUGGUUCAAAAAGGAUGAUGCAGUUCAGCCAAAUGACACCUAUACCUACGUAUGGUUUGCAACCAAGCGGUCUGGACCUAUACAACCUGGAGCAGCCUGUAGGUCCUGGGCCUAUUACUCUGCUGUAAACCCGGAGAAAGAUAUUCACUCAGGCUUGAUUGGUCCAAUCUUGAUCUGUCAAAAGGGAACCCUCAGUACAAGUAACAGGCCAGUAGAUACCCGAGAGUUUGUCCUGCUUUUUAUGGUCUUUGAUGAAGAGAAAAGCUGGUACUUCAAUAAGCAUUCCAAAAGGACUUACAGUGAGAAGACCUCAGAAGUGCAAAAAUACCAUAAAUUCCAUGCCAUUAAUGGGAUCAUAUAUCACUUGCAAGGACUGAGGAUGUAUAAAGAUGAACUGGUCCGAUGGCACUUGUUGAAUAUGGGUGGGUCAAAAGAUAUUCACGUGGUUCACUUUCAUGGUCAGACCUUCACAGAAGUCCCUGGGCAUCAGCUUGGUGUCUACCCUCUCCUCCCAGGCUCAUUUCGAACUAUUGAAAUGACACCACCAAAAUCUGGUAUGUGGCUUUUAGACACCGAAGUGGGGGAAUAUCAGCAAGCUGGAAUGCAGGCCUCCUUUAUCGUUGUAGAAAAAGAGUGCAAGUUACCAAUGGGCCUAAUGAAUGGACUUAUACUUGAUUCACAGAUCAGUGCUUCUCGUCACAUAAACUAUUGGGAACCUAAAUUAGCUAGAUUAAACAACGCUGGAAAAUAUAAUGCUUGGAGCACUGACAUGGAGCAUGGUGAAUUUCCAUGGAUCCAGGUGGACCUGCAAAGGCAAGUUCUGAUCACAGGGAUACAGACGCAGGGAGCCAAGCAGUUGAUGAAGUCCUUGUAUGUCAAAGAGUUCUUUGUGACUUACAGCAAGGACAAACGGAAGUGGAUCACCUUCAUAGGAAACAGCACUGGGGAACAGAAGUUGUUUGAAGGUAAUUCAGAUGCCCAUGGGAUAAAAGACAACCAUAUUGAUCCACCUAUCAUUGCUAGGUAUAUUAGGGUUUAUCCAACUGACUCCUACAACAGGCCUACUCUUCGCAUGGAACUCCUGGGCUGCGAAGUCAAAGGUUGCUCUCUGCCACUGGGAAUGGAAAAUGGGGAGAUCAAGAAUGCUCAGAUUACAGCUUCUUCCUAUAAGAAAUCCUGGUAUAAUGCAUGGGAGCCUUCCCUCGCGCGUCUCAAUCAGGAAGGGAGGGUGAAUGCCUGGCAAGCGAAGUCAAACAACAACCAGCAGUGGCUGCAGAUUGAUCUCCUCAAAGCGAAGAAGAUAACCGCUAUCACAACCCAGGGUUGCAAGUCCAUGUCUACGGAGCAGUUUGUGAAAACCUAUGGCAUCCAUUACAGUGAUGAAAGCACAGAAUGGAAACCUUAUAUGGAUGAGUCCACUUCAGUGGGAAAGGUAUUUGUGGGGAAUGAGAACAGCAGCGGACAGGUCAAGCAUUUCUUAAAACCACCCAUAUUUUCCAGGUUCAUCCGCAUUGUUCCUAAAACCUGGAAUCGAAACAUUUCUCUUCGGGUAGAGCUCUUUGGCUGUGAUCCUUCCUAGGUGCUGGACACAGAGUACACAUGGACAAAGGAUUCCCAAGUCUGGGAGCCUUACAUCUUUCCGCAGUCACUAUGCAGAACUAAAUUUUUUUAAAAACUCUUAGUGGUCCUAUUUAGUCCUUCUGAAGUGCCUUUCCUCCAAGGAUCUUAGUGUUUUGCCAAUGUGAAUUAAAAGAGAGAUUUCAUUGGCAGAUAUUUCAUUCAUAUAAAUGUACAUUAAGGAUACAACUGCACAGCAGCUGAGAAGGUGCUUCCCAGAGCGAGUGGGUAGAUACAUGCUUGCUCCGCUUGAGCUUGUGUGCUCGAGCAGCAGCAUGGGCGGCAGCUCAGGCUGGCCAACUGCGUAUGGACGCAGAGGUCAGGUGGGAUUGUUCUCAGGUGGCUAGCCUGAGCUGCCAUAGCCAUGCUGCUAUUUUUAGCAUGCAGGCUGGAGCAGAGCUAGCACAUGUCUGUUCUCCUGCACCGUCCCAGCUGCAGUGCAGCCCCACCCUUAAAAAGAGAAAGCAACAAACAUCAAAUCCACAAAGUGCGCAACUUUGACAUGCCCCUUUCCAUGGGAAUCUGUGCACACAAACGCAUUCCCUCCAUUUCUCUACCGCUGUCUUCUUCCCCCACUCACCCACAACAGUCUGUUCUCCUUUUAUCCUGGUCCUGACCUAAUUUUAGAUUAAAUCUCCUGAGGGCAGGGACCUUGGGCUUAAUCCUGAGCCCAGAUUUGCUCUCUUUGUAGCCCUCUCACUGCUGAAAGCUAUCAGAUGUCCCUCCCUAGGCAUUCCCCUUGAAGGGGGAGUCCCCAGUACACACAAAACCACUGUCUACACCACCAUCCAGUAGCCGCUGAUGUUGGGGCUGGAAAGUGGGUGUGAUGCUGCACUCCAGCAAUCCCUGGCUGGUAGGUGGUCCCUUGGAGGGUCAUAGCCAGCCAGUGUAGAGAAGAGAAGCCUCCACUCUGCUCUGAUCUCUGCUGGGGCUGACAUAGAAGUAGCCUCUCGAGAUCAAGGAUCUGCAACCCCUUCUCUGAGAAUCUAGGGCCCUCAUCUUUAUACUUGUUUUUUAAACGUCACGCAUGCCUCUGACUCUAUAUAUCACAAAUAACCAUUAAUCUUCUCAGCACCCCUGGGUGGGCAAUCAACAGGUUUUUUUAUAGGUGGUAGGAAAGAGGCAUAGAGAGACACAGUGAUUUGCCCAAGAUCAUGGCAGGUCAGUGGUAGAACCAGAAAUAGGAUUCGUGGCUUUCAGUCCUAUGCUCUAACCUCUAGAAGCUAGGCAAUGCUGUUUUGUUAUCCCUACUGGAAGAAACAAGCCUUCUUGGCUGUUGAUGAGAAACAGAACGUGAUGGUAAUAAAAUAAGAUUAGAUAACACUAUGGUAAAGACACCUACAUCUUAUCUAUGCUAUAGCAUUUGCCAACAUUAUCUCUGGUGGAGCUGCUGUGGUGCAGAAAACAUUUAUGGAUUUUCUCAGGAUGGAUGCACUCAGUGAGAAUAUAUUUGCUGUCCUUGAAUAUAUCUUUUCAGUGGAGUUUUAGCUAAGCUUUUAGUACUGUCCUAGGCUCCAGUCUUGUCAGCAGAGGACUCCCUCUGCUCACCUGGGUCCUCAUGGCCUGGGGUGGAAUAUCAUCAAGAACCCAGGGCCAUGUUUUGGUCUAUAACCUUAUAAAGUAUUGUCUCAAGCUGUUUCAAGAGAAUUAGAGUUCUUAUAUCAAAAAAUGUAUGCGUUUUCAAGUAAAGAUAUAUAAAAAAAGUGAAAUAAAACUGAGGUUUUUCAAUCAA